UUCAAUGAGCAAGUAGGAAGUGAAACCCCAAUCAUCUUUUGUGUGUGUGUAUAUAUAUAUAUAUAUAUAUAUAUAUAUAUAUAUAUUUCGUAUGUAAGCAUGUACAUGUUUGAAGUAUCUUGCCAAUAUGACUUUUAUCACAUUUGAAGAACUACAACAUUGGUAUCCAGUCAAUGGCCAAAGACGGAAAGGUCAGGUAAAUUAUAACCGGUUACUUCAUGAUUCUUUAAGCAACAGGAUUAUCAUAUGCAUCAGGAUCAAAUUCCCUUGAUUAAGGGUGGCUAAUAAAAAAUAUUUUUUUCGUGCAAAGUUAGGAAAUCAUGGGUUUUAAAAUUCUCAGGCAUCACUACUGCAUUCUACGGUAGUUCUUAAAGGUGUGGGGGGGAAACAUUGACAGGAGAAUCUUUGGUACAACUCUUCUCUUUUCUGCUUUGCUGUUUCGAUUCGAAUAGAAUUGUUGUAGUAAGGAUCUUAUCUGUUUCUGCUAUUUGCUUUUGACCUUUGGUUCCCUAUUAAUACAUCCACACUCAGCAUUCUCAAAUCGAAGUUUUGGUGGUUCUGAAAGUAGGAGACCGUCUAACGUUUAUUAGCUUUUCAGUGAUAAAUACUCCAAAGCUUUUUUAUGUGAAAGAUAAGACAAGGUAAUAUAAUUAAGAUUAGCCUCUGAAAGUUAAGAGGGCAUGACUUGUUAGCUUUUGAACUGUUCUUUAAAGUUGCCCCCCACAUUCCUAAUUCAUUGGCAUCUAGAUAUGUCUAAAAGCUUGAGCCAGCCAGAGAUAAGAGCACAGCACUGCACAAUUUUGGGGGCACUAAUUGAUGGAGAUCUAAGACCACGGCCGGCAUGUGAGAGCAGUUUUGUCUUUGCUCUUCUAGAUAAUGAAAGUCUGCAUCUCCAUGCUGGAAUGCCCAGAAUGGGACUUACGUUGUUGAGUGUCAACUGUAAUUUCACCUUAUCGAACCGCACAGCGCAUAGAUAGAUGUAUGGUAGGGGAAUGAGAAUUUGUUAUAACCAGCUCGCAUUCAAAAAUGGGCUCGGAAUGCUCAGAAUAGUAGGGAAAAGAUGCAAGUUUCCUCUGCUAAAAAUAGACGAGUUUGGUCGAUAAUAAUAGGGUGAGUAUGUAUAUAUACUGAUAAGGUUCCCUUCUCAUCUUGCAAUUUGUGUUCCGAACCAUGCCUAGCCACUGCCAUAAUUCCAUGGCUUCUCAUGCUAUCCCCUUGCAUGUGUGCUUUCUCUUUUUCUUCUUUUCCCACCUCAGCUCCACCUUGGGAGCAUCUGAAAACUAUAUCAUUCAAAUGGACGUAUCAGCCAUGCCUAAAGCCUUCGCUGCCCACCAUAACUGGUAUAUGUCCACUCUUGCCUCGGCCCUCGAAACUUCUAAAAUUAGCACCACUGGUACAACCACAACCACAAUCAAACCCUCUCCUAUUAUCUAUAGCUAUACUCAUGCUCUAAAUGGUUUCUCUGCAAGUCUUUCUCCAUCUGAGCUUGAGGCCCUGAAAAGCUCUUCAGGUUAUGUUUCCGCAAUUCGGGACUUGCCCAUUAAACCUGACACGACUUACUCGACCAGUUUUCUUGGUCUUAACUCCAACUCGGGUGUAUGGCCAUUGUCAUACUAUGGCGAGGAUGUCAUAAUUGGGGUGGUGGAUUCAGGAAUCUGGCCAGAAAGCAAAAGCUUCAAUGAUAACGGCAUGUCCAAAAUCCCAUUAAGGUGGAAAGGAGAAUGUGCAGGUGGCCGCCAGUUCAACUCUUCUUUGUGUAACAAGAAGCUCAUUGGAGCUCGGUUCUUUAGUAAAGGUCUAGUUGCUAAUGAUCCUGAUGCGAGAGCAACUAUAACUAAUUCUGCACGAGAUAGACUAGGACAUGGCACCCACACGUCAAGCACAGCUGCCGGAAAUUAUGUUGAUGAUGCGUCGUACUUUGGCUACUCCCCAGGAACCGCUAGAGGUGUUGCUCCGCGAGCACGGGUUGCCUCGUACAAGGCAAUUUGGGAGGAGGGUGCUUACACAUCAGAUAUUAUUGCAGCUAUUGAUCAAGCAAUUAUUGAUGGUGUGGAUGUCUUAUCAUUAUCAUUAGGCCUGGAUGGUGUUCCUUUGUAUGAGGACCCAAUUGCCAUAGCCACAUUUGCAGCCAUAGAGAGAGGUAUUUUCGUCUCUACAUCAGCAGGAAAUGCAGGGCCAUUCCUUUGGACUGUACAUAAUGGUGUGCCAUGGGUUCUAACUGUUGGUGCUAGUAACAUGGACCGUGACUUUGUUGGAGUUGUUACUCUUGGAAAUGGAGUUUCGGUGAAUGGUAGGACUCUGUAUCCGUUGAAUUCAUCGUUCAACCAAACGCCAAUGGUUUUCAUGGGUGCUUGUGACCGCUUGAAUGAAUUGAAGAAAAUUAGGAACAAGAUUGUUGUAUGCGAAGAAACUAAGAAUGCAACCUUGCAUGUGCAAAUUGAUAAUGUUAAGCAAGCCAAAGUGGCCGCCUGUGUCUUUGUAACGAACACAGCUGACUUGGGAUUUUACCUCCAAACCCCAAUGCCGACAAUGUUUUUGAACUCAACGAACGGAGAAAUUAUAAAAAACUACAUCAAAAUCGACUCCAAUCCAAAAGCAAACCUGAAGUUUCAUAAUACAUCUCUUGGUUCGAAACAAGCACCAGUGGCUUCUGCCUUCAGUUCUAGAGGACCAUCUUCAAGCUGCCCACAUAUCUUGAAGCCUGACCUAAUGGCUCCAGGUGAUUUCAUCUUAGCUGCAUGGUCCCCUACAUCCCCAGCGACCACGGUGGGGAAUCAGAAACUAUAUAGUAACUUUACUGUCCUGUCUGGAACAUCCAUGUCUUGCCCACAUGCAACAGGAGUGGCAGCUCUUUUGAAAAAGGUGCACCCUGAAUGGAGCCCCGCCGCCAUCAGGUCAGCCAUGAUGACUACAUCUGACAACAUCGACAACAUGAACAGCCCCAUCAAAGACAUUGGCCGACCUAACACGGUGGCUACUCCUUUGGCCAUGGGUGCUGGGCAGAUAAACCCCAACAAGGCGAUGGACCCUGGACUUAUUUACGAUGCAAAAUUACAAGAUUAUGUGAAUCUUCUCUGUGCACUAAAUUACACCAAACAACAAAUUCAAACUAUCACCAAGUCGGGUUCGAACAACUGUUCCUCCCCGUUCUCAGACCUCAACUACCCUUCUUUUAUUGCAUUCUUCAACAAAAAUGACACGAAUCCUGAUGCGAUAAUAACACAAGAAUUUCAUAGAACAUUGACCAACGUUGGGGAAGAGCAGUCAACCUACAUUGCAAGCUUGACACCCAUUAAAGAGAUUCGGGCCAGCGUCACGCCAAACAAAUUGGUGUUCACGAAGAAGAAUGAGAAUCAAAGUUUCAAGCUGAGAUUAGAAGGUCCACGAUGGCUGAAACAAGAUGAAGUUUUCGGCUAUCUCAGUUGGGUUCACACUGCGGGUAAAUACAUUGUUAGGAGCCCCAUAGUGGCCUCAAGGCUUAGUCUGUAGCAUAGCAAACUAAUUGCCAGCGUGAAGCAUGAUCAUUUCCAUUUUGUACCUCUGUUUAAGCAUGUUAUCAUUAUUAAUUAUUAAAUUAAUUAGAAGAAUAAUUAU